AUGGUGAGAAUCAGCAACAAACAGGAGCAGCAGUCAUUGGACCACCAUAAGGACCUGUUUGCUGGCGACGAUACCCGUGCAUAUCUCACGGUUCCAAAGACCACUCAACACGACGAAGCGGGGUUGUAUAAAACCAAUUACGAGGCGCGAUGGGACAAGAUGAAAGAGACGGUCAAAGAAAUACUUCCAGUCCUCAAAAACAAUAAAUACUGGGAUACGUAUAAGUAUGAUCCAGUGCGAGAUGCGGAUAGACAAGCAAGGGAACUUGGCCAAAAGGCCCGGGGCACGGUCUUGCUGAAGUACGACCCAAAGGAUGUAUACAGAGUUGGAGAGGAGGAAAAGAAACUCAAGCGAAUGGUGAUGUGGAUGGAGAGAAAACAAAUUUUUGAUAUUAAAUGCGAUGAAAAAUGA